GGGCGCAGAGUCGAGCCGCGCUCCCGCAUCGCUCCGCCGUGUCCCGCCACUGCGCUCGGCGCUCGGCUGCGCGGGGCUGCGGGAGCGGCGUCAGGGCGGUGCUCGGGGCCGCGGCCGCCUGAGGGCCGGCUCCGCUCGGGUCCCGGCGGAGCGGUGCCGCCAUGGGGCUGGGCUCCAGCUCCGAGGGGCCCGGCGGCGGCGCCGAGGGCUUCCACGUGCACGGGGUUCAGGAGAACUCCCCAGCCCAACAAGGAGGACUGGAACCUUUCUUUGAUUUCAUCAUUGCCAUAGGACACACGAGGCUUAACAAGGAGAACAAUAUGCUGAAAGACCUGCUGAAGGCAAACGCUGAGAAAGCAGUGAAGCUGGAGGUGUACAACAUCAAAACAAUGAAAAUCCGGGAGGUGGAGGUGAUCCCCAGUAACAUGUGGGGAGGACAGGGCCUCCUCGGAGCCAGCGUGAGGUUCUGCAGCUUCCAGGGAGCCAACGAGCACGUGUGGCACGUUCUGGAUGUGGAGCCUUCGUCUCCUGCGGCUCUGGCUGGUCUCCAGCCCUACACUGACUACGUUGUUGGGUCUGAUCAGAUUCUGCAGGAGUCAGAGGAUUUCUUUUCCCUGAUUGAAUCCCAUGAGGGGAAGCCUCUGAAGCUGAUGGUUUAUAACACUGAGGCAGAUUCCAUCCGGGAGGUAGUUGUGACUCCCAAUGGAGCUUGGGGUGGAGAAGGAAGUUUAGGUUGUGGUAUUGGAUAUGGCUAUUUGCACAGAAUUCCAACACAGUCCACGACAUCAAGGAAAAAGCCAGAAAGCAAAUCACCUACACCCUCACCAGAAACUGGAACUCCUCUGCCAUCCACUAAUGGUUACACAGAGACUCCAUUGUUGGCACCUACCUCUCAGAAUGACAGCUCUGAAGCAGUUAUGAACUUGGAUCAUUCCACAGAGCAGGAAAUGAGUGGUUACUCACCAGAAAGCUCCCUUUCUCCUCCUCCCCCUCUCCGGAGAGUUAUGGAUCCAGGAUUUCUAGAUAUGUCUGGAAUUUCAGUUUCUGAGUUCACAAGCUUAACAGAAGGGUCCAACCUGUCUUCAUCUGCCUCCUUCAACAUGCCAGCAGCAGGGGCUUCUGUAGGCUCUGAAACACUAAUGCCAAAGAGUGAAGCCUCUGCUUAUUUUGAAAACACCUCAGCUUUGGACCCUGAAGGUUCAACCCUGUAUCCUGAAGGAUCAGGCAAGCAGCCCACCCUGGAUGACCUCCUGCCUUCAAUUCCAUCUUUACCUUCUCUUGAUCUUCCUCAUGACAUUUCUUCAAAAACAACACUAGGAACUGAUGCUGAUAACCAGGAGUCCAAGGUGCUUGUGAACAGCAUUGAGAGCUCGUUACCCACUGCUCCAGAGACACCAGAGCAUGGAGCAGCAAGUGAGCAGAAAGGAGAAGCAGCUGCACAAGAUCCUGAGUGAAAUGGACCCUGCUGCUGUUUACAGACUGCUGAAUGCUGCAGCUUGGAAUAUUUUUCUGAUCUUGAAAGAAUUACAAUUAAUCUAUUUUGUUAGUGUAGACAAUACUAGAAGAGAAAUCACAUGAAGUACAUAUCCUGUUGUCUUUUCCAAUCACUGUUUAAUGGAUUGAUCUGUGCUCAGAAUUUGAAUGCUGUCCAAAAUCACUCAAUCAAUAGAGCAAUUGAUGCAGAAACAAGAUGGACACUGGCAGAAUGUCAAGAUAUAGAAUUCACAUUUGCCUAGAAAAGCUCCUGAAUGUAUUUACAAAGGCACUGUGCCUGAACAGUGACACUUAGUAAUGAUUUUUAUCAGUACAUUUGAUGGCAUUAAAAAAAUAUUUAUAGUUUUGA